GCCGGCUCAGGGGCCGUCAGGCUGUGCAGUGCUCCGCGGUGCCGCGAUGAUCAUGCAUGCCGCUGCCGGGAUGCCGGAACCUGGUCGUGGUGCUCCUCGCGAUGCUCCUGCUGCUUCUGGUCGCCGCGUCGCCGAGGGCGCGCGCCGCUUCGGUGGCGGCGUCGUCGCGCGGCGUCGACGCCAGCGCCGAAGAUGCCGACGACAACACGAGCAGCGACAGCUCUCAGGAGACGACGGUGCGCCGGCUGCGACACGGACGGGCGCGUGCUGCCGCAGCGAUGGCUGCUAGUGCGGACGCCGAUGAACUGGGCGAAGGCUCCUCUUCGUCCGAGGAGCAGGACAGUGGUGGUGGAGGCAUGGUGGCCGACGACCCGAACGACGCCGCCAACGAGGCCGUCAAGCACCCGCGCGGCACGAGCCGCUACCUGCAGCUCUACUGUCGCACCGGAUACAACCUGGUCAUCCACGCCAACGGGAAGGUCAACGGGACCAGGGAGGACCGGAACCGAUACGCCGUCCUGGAGAUGAACGCGGUAGCAGUGAAGCUGUACAGUAUUCGUGGAGUCGUCAGCAAACGCUACCUCUGCAUGAACCGCAAGGGACAGCUCUCCGGACAGAAGCGACGCUCGGAGAAGUGCAUCUUCCAGCUGACCGAGCUGCCCAACUCGUACACCACUUUCUCGUCCAUGCGCUACUCGCGUGGUACGCGCUGGCGGUGGUACCUGUCCAUCGGCAAGAACGGACACGUCAAGAGGGGUCGCCGGCCACGACAGAAAGGCACCAACUUCCUGCCCCGAAGCGUCAAGGACUUCAAGCCAUGAGCCCCAAAGACCUGCGCUGUACCGAACAGCUGUAGCCGUCGUUCUCUCCCCAAAAAAACCCUGAGGCCUCCCUGCUGACUGCGAGACUGUUUGGUGCGACCGUUGCCCCGUGCCGUGCGGCACACGACAUCGCCGGUGACAGCACCAGAGUGAAAAACCGGUCCCGCCGGACUAAUUCUGCUACAGUGCCGUUGUUCGAGUCUCCGAGAUCAACGACAUACUUCGACAUUACCGUGUCGUUUCAUGGUUGCCAGUGGUCGGCACCUACGGUUGCCGCAGAAUGGCCGCCUUCCACCAGAGCUCGCCCUGACUCGGCCGCUCACAACAGGCCGAUGCGUCUUGCUGCACUUUCUGUGCGGACCAUGGAGCCUGUGCUUGUUCCAAGACUUAUCCGCUGCCGCGCAUGUUCUUCGCCGCAGAUUAUUUUCUUCAUUUUGCUGCAACAAGAACUACGAUACUGCGUUUCACAUUUCACCACUCAGUUCUCUCGCCGUGCGCUUAUUGGCGCGCGAUAAUAUCGUUGAUGAACGUAGAAGCGAACGCGCUACCGCAGCUCUGGUUCUAGCACGAAGAAAAAGUUCAGUGAGAGGCGCUCUGUACGAUCAAGUGACUUCUAUAAACAAAGCUGCUUCGUGCGCAUAGGCCGAAUGAGUGUAGUUUUGGUUUACCCAUGUCUUCCUGAAUUGCCACGAACAAAAUUUUGUCAAUAACCCGGUGCCGAACCACAACAGGGGCAACUAACCGCAUAAUUUAACUCUUAUUACGUCGUAAAUUUGUGUUCUGCUCGUAAACGGCAACGAAUGUUCGCAGCGUUUUUUAAAUGUUGAAACAACAGGUUCUGUUGUGCCCAGUUUGGAUUCAAGAACAUUUGGCGAUUUUGUGUUCACAUCACGAAAGCAUGUGUAACUUGUUCUGCUCUUCAGAUAAAGUAAGAAACAAUUAUUCCUGCGAUGUAAGUACGACACUUACGUACGUCUCUGUUGGCGUGUGCUGAAUGCCCGGUAGCACUUUUAGGAGUGUCACUGCAUAGGCACAUCCGAUUGUUUCGUCUCGCUGAAUUCAACGCACUGCUGGCGUCUGGACUGUGUGUACCCUUCUACGACGCUUGGAGACCAUCGCAAAGUGGGGUGGACAGUGUACGCUUGUGGAACGGACAAAGGCUGUGUUAUCUUGAGUUACUACAGUAUCGUGUAUGUGCAUGUUCAUUUCUUUUUUUGGUCUUUAUGUGAUGCACACAAAGCUGCUCGCAGUCAUGAAAAGAGACGGUGUCCCCACAAGCGCCGUAUUGUUGCUCGAGGAGUUGUGACAACGUGCCGACGCAAUGCGCACCCAGCGUUUUGUGAUGUUUAUACGCUAGCUUCGCAACACUGAUUAUGCGAAGAUCUAGAUUUGCCGGUGAAGGAGGAGUGCCCUAACGUGACGACGGGGCGAGCCGGAUGGUGUAGCGUUCACAAAGCCUAUCACUGGCAUGCGCAGGUCUCUCCGUCGGGGGAGGUAAAGCUUCGCCGCAGCGCCCCCCCCCCCCCCCGCUUUGUCUCGAGUCCAAAAGACAGGUUUCACAAUGAAUGAAAAAAUUAAAAUGAAGCGAUGACGUGCUUCGCAAUGGCCUGCCUUUGGUCCCUGGCUUACCGGAAGUAAAGAUGGGAAGUAAGCCGUUCCAGGAAUGCAACAUCCGGGGCCUUCGGCCGCCUUUAUCGUCAGAAACCUGCGUGGUCAAAACCGUGCUUUUUAAACAAUGACGAGACAGGCUAUCUAUGCUCCCUCACGGCGACAAUGAAAUGCAAGGACAACUACCUUCAUUCGUCCUCAGACAUCACGUGAUCUCGUACAAACAAGAUGGUGCACCGUGUCAUUCGGUAUUAGUGCCUCCUGUAUGCGAGAGCCGCGCACACAAAUAUUGUUUGGUAUACUGUCUGAUCGCGUGCAGUGGCCUACUACCGCAGGUGUCGCUUCGUCAUCCGUGACUACUCCUUCGUAAGCGUGUACGGCCUCGCUUAAGCUGGCCGUCUUGCUGCAGGCAUUCGUCCUGAGCUGCUACUAGCCAUGCAUUUUUAUUGUUUUCUACUGCCAUAGCUAUAAAUAGUAGCUUUAAGCAUUGUAAUGUGUUUUUGUAUAUAUACCAGUUGAGGGGCACACGCCUUACGCGAACCACGAAGCGACGUCUGAAGUGGGUCUUCCUGGUGUUCAGAUUCUUUUUUUUUUUUAACGUGCAUAUUCGUGUGUGAAGUACAAGUUCGAUCGUUUCUUGCAUUUCUGUUCCUUUCGUAGUAAGGUCCAGGAGCCCCGGCGCUAGCAAGAGUUUAAAAGAUCUGAAACACUAAAAAGAAAAAAAAAGCUCAUGUUUACACUACGCGGGGCAUCAGCGCUCUAAGCCUCGUCCUUCUCUCUUUCUCCUAUGUCUUUCUUUUCUAUUUUUUUCGUUAAACGGGAGAAAACCCUUUCUCUCAAUGCCCUGUGCAAAUGUUUGCGAGAGUUGUAGUAAGGCUCCAAUAUGUAUACCGUUCACCAAUAGAGAGUUGAAACCAACUACGCCGUUAAGCGCUCACUCGAUAACAUUCGUGAAUGAAACACUUGUUCCUCGUUGUCUAAUAAUUUCCAACUGAGCGGAGGUUCACCGCUAGAAAAUUAAUGCGCGGGAACCAGUACGAUGAGCAGUGUUCGGGACAAAUAUUUAUCAGCUCUGGCGCAAUAAUCCCGGCUCACACAUCUCCUAUGUUUUCUACGAUUCGACGCAAUCGUUUAUCUCACGCUAUUUAUUUUGUGCUCAUUCCUUUCAUCGAAAAACCUGUAUCUAAAUCACUAUGAAUUCGCAACUUACCUGUUUCGCUAUUACAUCUACCGAAUUUAUCUCGGUGAGCGUUCGAAGUAUAAUGUCACCCGACAAAACUUCAUCUUUUUUUUUUUAGGAUAUGUUCAACUAAACUAAAGACGCUUCCACAGUUGUCUUUUGUACCCUUUAUUUAUUAACAUCGCUUCACAGGCAGCACUGCCUUUGAAAAAAGGCAUCUGCUGCCUUUCCUCAUUUUCCUAACGCAUCGUUUCUCAUACAACGAAAAAAAAAAUGUAUAUCACAUCGUCUUCCAGGCGAUGAACACGUUCCUAACCAAAGUCUCUGCCACUUUAUCUCAGCAUAGCAGCGCGCCAUGCGCGUGACAUUACAAGGACUCCCCUAUAGCAAAUUAUACCUUGACAUCUGAAUACUUGCUCGCUGACUUUCCAAUAAGCAGCGUACUGAAUAUAAAAGUUGAAUUGUUUACUCUAUAGCAGUAGCCAUUCACUUAGUUUCGCUGUCAAGCCUGCGAAAGGUACGGCCUAGCGAACUGUGUUUGAGUAUUUCUAUAUCUAUAGCCUCCUUAAGCAUACUCCGAAAACUCCAUCUAUAUUUUCUACAUACGGGCACUAGCGACGACAAGGCUAUUGCUAGUAUAGAGGCAUUUAGAAAGUCCCCAACUGAGGGACGUCGCAUGCAGUCAAUCGUUACCUACCUCACUAGCUUUUGUCGGCCCUUCUUUUUUUUUUUAUACUGUGCUGUGCCUAGUGAAAUGGCCCUUGAGACUGGCGUUUGCUGCCCAGAGCCGCACACCAACUUUGUAGCACCGAGUUUUGCCCUUCCUGUCUUAGACUCUAGAGGAGUAGCCCUGACUUUACUGCGAAGCGCAUCUGCACUUCAGUGUACUUCGUAUACUCUGGACGUAACUCGAUAGCCAUAGGGUUUUUGCCUUUAGAGCCGUGCUCUGAGGUACAGCAUGCAGCCUCAGAGAGACGCAUAAGGAAGCACACAACUUCUGAAGAGAUGGGAAGUUUAAAAGCAAGGGCAGGGAAAUCCACGGCCUCGGCAUAUGAAAAGAGCAAGUGUGCGUAACAUCUACAGCGCAGAGUCAAAUGCAUGCACAAGAGAUUUGGAAAGAAAAGAAUUUGUAGUGGGGGCUGAUCAGACACAACCGAAAGUUGAAAUAUUGUCAGCGGGCGGCGAACGAAGGCAAUGUUUUGUUUUUAUGUAUUAUUGAGGAAGCGCAUCUGCUAGGCGAAAUGUUGCGAUUGUCGUUCUUGAGUGCGAAAGCCGGAUUGCGGGGGAAAACUUUCGAGGAUCUAAUAGUACGCACAGAGCCGCCGUGUAAGUUAAUGUGGUCAGUAACGCUGCGAAUAACAGCAAAUUAAGCGCAAUGAUUUUCUCCUUCGACGUAUCACGAAGAAAUGGGAGAUGCUUGUCCCAUAUUAGUCACCAAAGUGUAACAGAAAACGUUGUCAAUGAUGACAGUGAAGUUGUAAACUGAACGUCUUAACACAUACAAAAAAAGAGAACUUGUGCCGGCACCAGGUUCUGCUGUCAAACACACUUUUCUGCUAAACUUCCUCAGUUAUCGAUACCGUAUUUUCCUGCGUGACACUAGGUUCAAAAUAAUGUUGUGCACGCUUUGUCCAUCCCUGUCCUGAAAAAAUUGCAGCAUCAUUAUUGACAGCUUUGACGACACGCACUAUAUCGUCACAACAGAAAGAAUCAGAAAAAAAAAAGGAAUCAGCAGAACCAGCAACUACAGGCGGAUGAUCAGGGGCACGGCUUAAACGUCUUCAUUACUUAACAGCUUAAACUUCACAACUUAAACGUCUUCAUUACGUGCCUAGCUAUAGCUCAUCAAAAAUGCUUUUAGAAAAUAAACAUAAAUGAUAAGAUACACUUACUUAUGUAAGACUGCAGAGAACGCGACAAGCGUCCUCUGGUUUUAAUUUGACAAUAACGCAACAAUUUCUGUUUUUUUUUUCUUUGCGGACGUGCCAUUUUUGGCUGGUAUGUAUACUCGAGUAAUACUCAGGUAACGUCAUCGCAUUGUUUCCCCGACACAUUUUACUUCAUCGUGACGCGUGUUUAAUGACCCCAGUAACCGAGCUUGCAUCCUUUCAUAACCAUGGGUCUUUCUUUCGAACCUCACUGCCAUUUUCUGCGUUCUUCACGCAGAUUAGUUUUGCUGCUUUGUAAAGUGUCCUGAACGUGUUCGUCGAGUUUGAGCGCGCGAGUAAGCCAGUUUCGUAUGAGUGCUGUGUGAACUGUACAGUCAGAGAAGUCGCACAGUGAAUGUCAGCAAGAUAUCAACUUUCAACACAUUCAAUAUGCUCGUGCUGGGCUGUAGUACACUCCAUACGUGUUGUUUCUAUAGUUCUGAAUUCCGUCGUUGUGAUGUACCCGUACAGGUACACUGAAAAGAAAUAAGGUUGCACUGAUAGCGUACAGUUUUAAAAGUAUAUUUCGGCCAAUUUUUGUGUGAGAGGUUCGCUAACAGAUGAUAAAAUGAAUUCCGUACUUGCUUUAUUUGAAUUUCGCGCCUUACUUCAGCACUGGUACGUCAGUGUGACGUGAAGUAUUCUGGAGUGUUUUCCUGUAUUGAGGUCGUCGUGGCGCAGUAAAAGUUAUCUACACUAGCUAAGUUUAGUCUUUGGCUCUCUUAGAAUACAAUUAAAUCAAUUGUUACCGCUAAAUAAUCACCUAGAUUCAAACAGACGCCAUCAAAUCCCAUGACGUCACAGCUAGCUGGUGCGGUAACUACAAGGUGGCAUCGCGUUCAGUCUUAGGCUUUUUUUUUUCUCGGCUUUUACAUCUUACUAAGCCUGCAAUUGAAAGGCGUAAGUGACUUUUUUCGGAUUGUAGAAAUGUAACUUACCAAUUAAGCUAAACUUCGUAUUCUAUUUAGUAUACUUUUAAACAUCCCGAAUACGAUCGAACAUCGGCUGUGGAAGUGAACAUAGUGUACGUGUUGAACGGAACCAAUCUGCUUGGUUUAUUCUGAACGUCGUACCUUAGUCGCCAAUUAAAAGGUGGCUGUUCAGGGGACCAGUAGCGAAAGGACGGACGGAAACCACACGUUCAGGAUUGCUUCGAACCUGUUGUGUCUGCAGUCGGCAACAGGGGUUCUCCGAUCUACAGUGUUGCCAAAAACAUCACAAUCUUCUUCAUCUACGUCCAGUGUGGCCCGUUUACUGCAAGCCAGAAAUGUACGCCAUUUCUGAGAAACCUGACUAAAAUGUACCAAAUCUCAGAAGGAACUUGAAUCCAAAUGUUGUACCCAGUGUUGCUAUCACGUGCUGGAAAGACGGCAUCGUGUGCUGGAAAGUCGUUUGAGAUGCAUUUUGAGAAUUUUACACUUGAAGGGCUUCCGGUGAACGAGUGAUGAGCGUGUGUGAGAGGGAAUGUGUCAGUGCAGCUUUUGUUAGAUUUUCUACGGCACCUCGCAAGUUGUGCUAUUGGUGUAUUAGUACUGUACGGCAUUUUGUACGGCCUCCCUCGCUCGAACUACAGCGUUUGUACUGUAGUUCAAUUAAAGUGUGUCACUCCGAAUGCUCAAGCAAUGAGAUAUAUCCAGACUGGCACCGUACUGUAUAGCGUGACGAAGGUCACAGUGACAAAAUGUACAAUGCAAUUAAAAAGAUGGCUACGCCGCCUCACAGCUAAGGUGUGCAAUCGACGAUCGACAUAUAAAGCGUGGUUUUUCACUUUUAUACUUUUAUACUUUUCUAGCGGCCCUUUGCUAUUGGCUGUUGGUGCUGACACAAAACCACUGCCCGCAUCUGAAGUAUUAACAGUUGAACGUACAACAAUAGGCAGUUCCUAAAGGCAGAUUUUAGUUAUCUGAGACCUCUCUUUGCACAGAAUUACGAAUGAAUACAGGCAAAGCGUGUUACCGGCUGAAAGUGAUUUGCACACUAGUUCCGUGCAGUAAAGAAUUUUCACAGUCGCGUUGUCGCUAUUUAAAGAUGUUUUCUUCCUGCUGUAGGCAAGUUGUACGCUCGGACGCUGCCAUUAUUACGGCUUUGUCCCAAUUUUUCGUCUGCAUUCGUAUCCAGGCUCAUAGCUUUAAGUGUAGAUAGUCUAUAUGCAUAUACCAAACUCGCUCAUCAAAUGUAAAGCAUGCACAUGUCUUGUACAUAUACUACUUUUUUUUUUUUUUUCGUGUGGUAUCAAUGUGUUGCUUUGUCCCCGCAUUUUACAUUGAUGUUUGCUAGUGUUCUGAAUCAACAAAGAAUGUGGCUCACAUAUCAUGUGUGAUCGACCUUAAAAUUAGUCAGAAGACACAAAUUUUCCGUGCAUUGGAAAGGGAAAUCGAGUCGUACGGGUAUACGCAUCCGUCUCAUAGACCGAUGUAUAUGAUAUCUGGUAUGGAUCUUGAAAUUGUGUGACCGAACUAAUUUAAGGGUCCAGAAGCUGAAAUCAUCAAAAAGCGGGCACUGACAAAUCGUCACAAAACUGCCCCGUAAGCACGCUCCCCCCCCCCCUUUUUUUUUCGCAUCAAGCGCAGUGUGGUAUAGUUGUUACUGUAGCAUAGAUGUGCAUAUAGCGAUGCGUCAGAUUUUUUUUAUUCGUUUAUAUUGUGUUCACAUAAUGAUAUAAUAUAGUAUUGUACGACAUUUGUGUUUUUUUUUUUUUUGACCCUGUGUACAAGACGUGCUGUAGAACUCUUGAAAGCCUUGCAGUGGAAGCUUCUACGAAAUAAACAUUUCUUCUUUCGCAACUGCA